CCGACCAACACUAAUGGAAAAUUUACGCGUAACAAACAAACAUAUGAAUUUGAAUAGAAUUUUGAUCAUAUUAUUCGUAUAUUAUAUCCUUUACCACACUUCGAAGUAUUAUAUUAUACAACCGAAAGUAUAUGAUUUUUCUAGAAUCACGUUUCAUUUGUUUUUGGAACCAAAUUUGUUAGACUUGGUAAUUGUUACGGGAGGGUGUUUUUAUAUUCAUACUGUGGCAUCAAGGUUUUCUGCUUUAAACGACGCCUGGAAACGUUUGCCUCUUAAUUUAGUAGAAAUUUCAGGUGAAUGGAUACAGUCCGAAAUAACGAUGUCGAUGGAGUGUAUACGAUUGUUGCAUGUUGAUCUUUGUGAAAUAAUAAACGUGUUUAGCUUAGGUUACGGCAUGGUUUUGUUAGGAUAUUUCACAUUAAGCUUUAUCAGUUUAUUGAUAUUUACUUAUUUAUACUUUGCUAUCGGAUAUCCACCACCUGACACAUCGUUUAUAUCAAUUAGUGGUUGGUGUUUACCAUUGAUAAUUAGAUAUUGCCAAUAUAGUAUUUCCCACAUCAGUAUUCUUAUAUACGCAUCAUCCACAAAUAAAAAAAAAAAGGAAAUAAUAUCAUAUUUACGAUUGUGCCAAAUUUCAAAUUUACCAAUUCAUACAAAAUUACAAAUUAAACUGUUUAUAAAUCAAAUGCCUGAAUUCGAAUCUAAUGAAAUGUCAGCUUAUGGAGUUUUUAACAUCAAUUUACAUCUAAUUAUAACAAAUAUAAUAUUGCUGUUUUCUGGAAUUCUUACACUAAUACAGAUGAGAGAUAACCCAAUCAUUUCUAGAGCGACAAGAGUCAUCGUAUUACGUUUCAAAAACGCUUAUAAUUAUAUGAAAAAAAUAUACUUUUAGAGUAGAAGCAUUAUUUAUACAAUUUUAAUUUAAUUUCUACAU